AUGCCCACUUACUUGAGGUCCAUCGAUCAACCUCUUCAUGAGUAUCCUAUUGGUCGGAGCAAUAGUUUUGAGGAAGAACACUUUGAGCAUCAAAAGAGCAGCAGUGGUCCAGAAAAAGACAUUUUAGAGAAUAAAAUGAAUUUUGGGAGCUUCUUUCGGAACGUUUCUGUCGAUAAACAGAGUGAGAAUUCUGGUGGAGGCGGCGGAUUGUUUGGUGCCCCAAGCAAACUCUUUGAAUCCAUCAACGCGAAAACCGAAAGCAUUGUGUCAGAUCUCACUCAAAAGGUCGAUAUUGGAGGUAAGAUUGAUACACUCAAAAGGUACUCAAAUAUUGACAAAAUUGGACAGAGCGUUCUUGGGACAACUUUUCAGUCGAAACCUACUGAUGAAGCAAGAAGUGAUAAAUCUCAAACGGUCCCUGAUCAAACCAAGCGUGAUUCAGUUUCACAACCGCGUUCUUCGCAACCAUUUCGAUCAAUGCAAUUCGGAGAUGAGAUGAGCAACGUAAAGACUCAAGUGGCCCCACUGUCUUAUGAAAAUUUACCAUUUGAGCAACCACUAACACAAGAUAAACCUUCACUAGUCCAAGAAGGUGAGAAAAUUGGAGCACGGGCUGGGAGCAUAAAUCUAUCUCAGAUAAGCUCAACCUUUUCUGAAACAUCAGCUACACAGUCCCAAUAUCAGGACAAUUCUAACCAGGUAAUUCCACCAUCCGACACCCCCAGCUAUGAAUAUCAUCCUACAAGAGGAUACAGUUUUCAGAAUCAACAAUCGCUAAACAGAAAUACCUUCGAGAAUCAGCAGUCUCAGGACAAACCAACCACAGAUUAUUUCAAAGAGUCAAUUGAGAAAAAUGAUUUUCCAAAUGCUUCAUCUAAACAAUCAUCAUUUGAAGGGGAAUUUGAAGUUAAUGACGAAUUUAAAUCAAGGAAAAUGCCAUUAAAAGACUCGUUUUCUUCAGAAAGGGAUUCAUUAUAUAAAACGGAUGAUUGCAAAUCAUCACUAUUAAAGGAAUCACCAAUUGAGGGACAUCUUGAACGAAAGGAUUCACCUCCAACUUGGCUAAAUCAGUCAAAAGAUUCAUUUUCAGACGAUAUAGAAUCAUUGAGAAAAUCGAGCGUUGAGCAUUCGGUACAACCAAAGCAGCCGUUUUCUAGUGUAGAUCAAACUACUUGGCCAUCAAGCCCGACUAAUUCCUAUUCGGUUGAAGGUAGUUCUCUCAACAAAAAUGACAGUCGACCAUUAGCUUUCGAAGCAAUCAAAGAAGAAAACCGUAUUGAAAAUCCAUUUAACAAGGGAAUGUCACUUGAUGCAUUCAGUGAUAAGAAGGAAUCCUCCUUCAAGCGUCAAAAUACUACUCCAGGACCCAAGCCACCAAGGCCACCUCCACCAAGACCAAGAUCUGGAUCGCAAUCCUUUCAAAGCAGUAGAAGUAUUUCACUAGAAGAGGAUCCAGUCAAGUCUUCAGCGCCUACAGUUACAAGGGAAAAGCCCUCCGUUCUCGAAGAAGUGGCAAAGGAACCCGAGAUAUUAAGGAAAAAGAAGAGCUUUGGAAGUCAGUCUUCGAAUGAGGAGAUUGGAUAUCUAACUCGUCUGCAAUGCCAGGAGAUCGUUUCAGCCGUGGACGAUAUGAUUGCAGGAGCAAUUGAGGAAACUGACGGGCUGAUGUCUUCUAAGCCUGCUUUGUUUAAGGAACCAUCGUUAACGAAAGACUUCUGGGAUUAUUCCGUGAGCAAAGAGCCAGAGUAUCAACAAACUCAGAGUUACCCAAAUCCCACUUAUGGAAAGGAUGGUUACUACGUCACUGAGCCGGACGAUUCAAGAAAUCGAGACUAUGAGUCUGGUAACACAAUGGCAUCAAAUUAUCGAUUGUCCUACGAAGAAGAGAAAUUUGAAGAGAACUUUCCAUAUGAAGCACAAAACAGAGAAGGCGAAAGAGAUAGAAGCGGUCCAAAUGUGGAUGACUAUUACACAAAAUGCGAUAGUCACAAGAGAAACAGCUUCGAUGAUAAGGAAGUAGAGGAGGCGUACCCAUCGAUUUCAAAGGAAGUGGAAUUCCAGGAGCCAGCUGUCCAAACUGAGGAUCAGUUGAAAUCCUUCAUGAUGGAAUAUGUUAGAAUAUUGGUCACUGGAGAUGAAGGUCAACUGAAGAACAAAAACGAGCCUUUCAAAGAACAUUUAUUUACUCCUGAGGGACGUGAACAGUUCUCUAAGGCCAUUGAGCUCGAGGGCGCCUGUUCGGGUGGUUUGUUGGAUGAGAGCGGACUGAGAGCUGUUCUGAGUCGAGUUGUCUUUUUGCUGACAGAGUGUCAAAAAACUGAGGACUUUGUACCUGCUAAACGUCUACUCACAACGUCCCUCAUCUAUCAUAUCAUAGGUACUUUAGAAUCACCCUUUGUCAAUCCCUUAAAGGCGGGUGAGAAGGUCUUCCUCUUCUCCUAUAUCAAGGGUCAACCAAUCUGGCAUUCGCUGCGAUUCUGGAACGCCUGUUUCUUCCAGUCAGUGCAGGAAACUCGAGCCAAGAUGAUUGAGCAAAUGAACCUCGAUGCAGUUGGUCAAGUGUCUACAUUUGGCAGCAGUGUGGGUGCCCAUCCAGCUCCACUCAUCGAUUCGAGUGAUUUUGAAUCGAACGGUGAGGAAGGAGGUGUCCUUUGGCCUCCAGCCUCGCACCCCCCUAUCGCCUCCACCACUAUUCGCUCUCGACACAAUUCCGUCAAUUUCUCCGCCAAAGAUGACAAGAUCGCAUUUUCGUUAAAGGAUAGUGUCCUUACCUUACACAAUGCCAUUCGCAAUAAAGCGAGAAAUGCUAAACGUUCAGAGCGUCGAAAAAGGCACAACAGUUUCACAGCUUCGAGUAUAACAAUGAAUGAGAUGCAAGGAUCCUCUCAACAGCAUCACGACAGUGAAACCAAUGUGACGGAUAUGACGCGUUUGACCCAGAAGCAACGCCGAAAAAUUCGGCGCAAACAAAAGCAUCCCUUAAAGGCGGGUGAGAAGGUCUUCCUCUUCUCCUAUAUCAAGGGUCAACCAAUCUGGCAUUCGCUGCGAUUCUGGAACGCCUGUUUCUUCCAGUCAGUGCAGGAAACUCGAGCCAAGAUGAUUGAGCAAAUGAAAUCGGAUAUGGAAAUUGAACAGGCAAUAAUCAAUCAAAUCAAUUGGGAGAAAAAAAUAGAAUUAAAUCGUCAAAUAGGAAAUGAAUUUAUUGCAAUUUCUAGGUCGUACCUCAAUACAAUGCAAGUCUUUAAUCUGCACGUAACAAUGCGACAGGAAUUCCUCCGAAAACAAGGCGAUCUUUUCAAUCUUAGCCCAGGUAAACAGGCUAUUAAUGCGCGCUCCAUUUUAUGUCCCUUUUAA